AUGGCACCAAAACAACACAAGGUGAGCAAGAUGCAUGAAGGGCCUCAAAUUGUGGAGCGUGGCCGGCUUGUUGAGUUGACCCGCCUAAGCACAUCAGAGAAGUCAGGGCACCGACCUCCCAACCCCAUGCGCAUUGCUGAGCUCGUUGCAGAGUUCCGCAACGGAAACUGGGGUAAGACACUCUUGUGUGGUGUGUCUGUGAUCUUGGAUAGCCCAGAUUUGCUUGAGGAUUCUAACGGGCAAUUCUUGCUUCAAGAUGGGAAGCAGACAGUCUUAGCAUUGCUUGAAUGCAAAGAUGCGUUUGAUAAGAACUUAGACGAAGCAAUGGAGUGGGAUGAGGAGUUGGUAAAUAUAUUCAAGUCGGGUCUGCCUGUGAAUGUGGUGAAGUAUGCUGCCGGAUACGAUAAUUUGCUCCACUUGGCGCACGAAACGCAGCGCCAUGAAGUGGAUCUCAAUCGCUUUGAACCGCAUAAGCCAAUCCAAAAGAUGGACUUGGUUGAAUCCUUCCGGGCCCGCACAGUGGGCGGGGAUUGGAGUGCCACACAGAAGAGAAUGGAGGAAGUGAUGGGCACCUCAGCCCGCAGCCGCAUAGCUCGCUGGGUGCGAGCCAGCAGGCACAUGCUUGGGGAAAUCAAAGAGGCCUUGAGACAGGAUGAGAACUCCAUGGCCACCGACAAAUUCAUUUUCGACAACGAAUUCUUUGUCUCUCCCAACGAUAAGAAGCUGAAACCUUCAUUUGCCUUGAGGGCUUUGUCUUUGCUUCGCCGGGCAAAAGAAGAUGGCUGCCCGUUCACCGCCGAGGCUUUCCAGUCUAACUGUUGCGCGCCUUUGAAGAUGGUUGAGAAUUGGCGCCGGCAACUGAACAAGGCCUUUGGCAGCAAGCCUGAUUCCCUGCCUGCGACGGAGCGCGUCCUUGACUACCUGUGUUCGCUUCGCUUGCUGCCUCAAAUCAAGAACCUUGCACGGGAGAACAUUCCUUUGCAUGGCACCAGCGCUCAGAAUCCUGGAGUCCAGGUUGCCCGCGAUCUAUGGUUGGAGCUAGAGAAGAUCAAAUCCGGCAAAGACCAAGGUGCCACAACAGAUGGAGGCGGAAAGGCACCUGAACCUGGCGCGGCGGUCCCAGACGGUGACGGAGAUGUGGCCCUCAUGAGCGUGGAGUCAGAAGUCUUGCAAGAAGACCCUGUGCUUUCGGAAAUAAACGCAGCUGUUGCCAAGAAUUGGGACCACGUUAGCUUUCACAGGCAUGAGAGAGAUCUCAUCUCUUGCGGGGCCAAGAAUGUUUUCCCGCAAUGGAAGAGCAUCUUCGUUUGCGAUUGCCCCACUUCCCGCACCAGCGUUGCCAUGCGGUACUUGAACCUUUUUGAUGAGUUCAUGAAAGCCGGCCGGCUAGAGAAAUGGGUGGUUUGCGUGCCUGUGCAGAAACGUUACAAUCUCUUGAGCAUGGUCCAGUCCAAGUUUGAAGAGUUGUGGCCCAGUGCCAAGAAGUUCACCAUCACCAUGACAGGCUCCAGCAGCCAGAGUGCGCGGAUGUCCACAAGGUUUUUGGCAGUUUGCAUCAACGACCCGCAGCACCAACCUGCAGUUCCCUAUACAGCUACCUUGCUCAGUAUCAAAUCCGCAGCAGAGGAGAAGUUGCGGUUGUCUUGCCUUAGCAAAUCCUGCCCGCACCGCACACCAAACGAGUUGCAGGCACUCUCGGACGGGUUGGCCUCGACCCCACCAUUGGUUCCCAGCAAUUUCUUGCCUGACGAUCAUGAGGUGGAGGAUGAUGUUCCAUUUGAAGAAGAAGAAGGUUCUGUGGGUCAGGACGCUCAGAGUGAGGGCCAGCGAGAUUUUGUCCAGGAGCUGUGGGCCCACAGCAGCCCUCGGCGCUAUUGGGCGAACCUCCUUGAUCUUCUUGGCGCUGCUGCUUCUCAAUGCUUGGUGGCUGCAACGACGUCAGCGCACCCUAAUCUGACGCUGGCAAGUCGAGAGAAAGGCCUGGCUCUCCAUUUGCUUGUGGAUCGGUGUACGGAGCACUCUUUGAAUCAUGGAAGGGAGCUGGCCCAUGAAGCUUGGAAAAAAGAGGAGUUGAGCAAAAUUGGCAACCGUCGAAAAUCUUUGCAGCCAACCGACAUCCCACUCUUCCAAGGGCCGGAUGUGACCUUUGAGGAGCAGGUCUUUGAGGUGACAGACGUCGCUGCAACGGAUGCCUAUGGCCAGCUUGAUGCCUGGCCUGCAAACUUGGAAGACUUGAUUCCAAAGCUUGUCCAGAAGCAGCUUGACAACUUCCCAAUUGCAUUUGGGGAGAACCGGGCAUUGAUUGCCGCCCGUCGCAUCCUCGAAGGCGAGGUAAUCGUUGAAUGCCCAAGCAUUUGGUUCUCAUCUUUGUCCAAGUUGACCACGUUUUUGAACAUGCCGGGCCACAAUGAGCUGGGGCAGACCAUUGUUGCGGUGCGUGGUGUCCGCGUGCACGGAGAGGUCACCACGCUGUAUGCGCUUCAGCUGUCCGCCAGCAAGUUUGUGACACAUUUUGCUGGGAAGCGGCGAUUCCCAAAUGCGGCGUGGACAUUUCAGUGCAAUGUUGGCCUUGACGGCUCCACGCUCCGACUGGUUUGCCGUACGCCGAACGGUGUUGGCAUCGCCCCAGGCCAGCCAUUCUUCGUUGAUGCUGGGCUUUCUUUCACAGAAAGCAAGGCCAAAGCAUUGAGCUCUUCUUCUCCAACCUCAACGAGCCCCUUCAAAGGAAUGCUUGAUCAUAUGUGGAAGCAGGCUUCUGAGGUAGAGGGGGCCACUCCAGACAAGGCAGGCGUGAAAAGGAAGAACCCAGAGACACCAGCCACCACACCAGAGGAUUCUGCAAAGCAAGUUCGAACAGAGGAUGGAAAAGUAGAUCCGAAGCCCUGCAAUCCAAGCCCGCCACCGAACCCAGAGAAGCCUGUCGGUGUUGAAGAAGCAGACAAGAAGCAGCCGGCAGAGAAGCAAUCCAAGCAUGACCUCGGGAAGCAAAUUGCAAAGCUCACCGUGCCGUUCCCUUUCGAAGUGUUCUGCAAAGAGCAGGAAAGCGGGCCUACCUUGCAUUUGGAGAGCGGGGACCUAGCCAACAAGAGGCUGCCCAAAGACACGCUUCUGAAGAUGUGGACGGCCGGCGAUUUUGCAUCAGUUCCUAAGGGCGGCGCCAUUCCAACCAACGCAGUGCUCUAUGACCUCCAAGCUUCGACAAAAGUAUACAGCAAUGACUUGUCCACCCCGCUCUCCUUGUCAGAGCUUGUGAAGAAGAAAGGAGGGACAUCGCUGUAUGGGUAUGAAGACUUUGCAGCCGGUGACAUUGGCAAAGUCAAGCCUAAGACUGACCGCCGCAUGUUCUUGAAGCCAACUGAGCUUGAAGUUUGCCAGGUGGUGGCAGCCGCCAAAAUGGCAAAGGCUGCUGCUUGGGCUUGGAAUAUGGUCGCGAAGGAUGGUAAGAUCUUUCCAAAAGGGCUGGUGCUUUUGACCUCGAAGCAAAUCACCCUCCCAGGGGCAGGUCACAUUCAGUUGUGA